GGAAGCUAAAAGAACCCCCCCCCCCGAUGCAGAAUAAGUCAGAAUCUCGCAAAGCGGGGCCAGUUAUUAAAUGAAACUCUGCAGCUUGGCACGUUGCGAAUAUUGCAGAGUCCCAACACGCUUUUCUUAUGUUAAAUACGGGAGCAAUGUUUCCUUCUGGUUUGCUUCGUCUUCUCUCUGUGUUUGCAGGGACCUGCGCUCAGGCGAAGGCAAUGCCGCCUCUGCUCUUACUGCUGUGCCUCUGGUCCUCGGCCGCCACGUCCCGGUACACUCCGGACUGGGCCAGUCUGGACUCGAGGCCGCUCCCCGCCUGGUUCGACCGAGCCAAGUUCGGUAUCUUCGUGCACUGGGGCGUGUUUUCGGUACCCGGGUUGCGCAGCGAGUGGUUCUGGUGGCACUGGCAGGGAGAGCACGACGCCGCCUGCAUCGCGUUCAUGAAGCAGAACUACCCGCCGGGCUUCAGCUAUCCCGACUUCGCCCCACAGUUUCGGGCUGAAUUUUUCGAUCCGGAGCGCUGGACCGAACUGUUCGAGGCUGCCGGAGCGAAGUACGUGGUUCUGACCACGAAGCACCACGAGGGCUUCACUAACUGGGGCUCCCCGGUGUCGUGGAACUGGAACUCUGUGGACACGGGGCCACACCGCGACCUCGUAGGGGACCUGGGGGCCGCGCUGAGGAAGAGGAACCUGCACUAUGGACUGUACCAUUCCCUCUACGAGUGGUUUCACCCGCUCUACCUCUCCGACAAGAAGGCGGGCUUUAAGACCCAGGACUUUGUCCGCAGUAAGACCCUGCCUGAACUCUACGACCUUGUGCAAAGGUACAAGCCUGACCUGAUCUGGUCGGAUGGGGAAUGGGAGGCGCCCGAUUCAUACUGGAACUCCACUGACUUCCUGGCCUGGCUCUACAACCACAGCCCUGUCAAGGACACGGUGGUGGUGAAUGACCGCUGGGGAGCAGGGUGUGCUUGUAAACACGGGGGCUACUACAACUGCGAGGACAAGUACAGCCCCGGACAGCUGCCCGGGCACAAGUGGGAGAAGUGCACCUCCGUGGACACGCAGUCCUGGGGCUACCGGAGAGACAUGAGGCUGAGCGAGCUGCUGGACCUGCCCAGCAUCAUCAGGGACCUGGUGCAGACAGUGAGCCUGGGAGGGAACUACCUGCUCAACGUGGGUCCCACGGCCGAGGGGACGAUCCCCGUGGUGUUCGAGGAGCGGCUGCGUGGCGUGGGGGCGUGGCUGCGGGUCAACGGAGACGCCAUCUACUCCUCGCAACCCUGGCGCGUGCAGAGCGAGAACAGCACUGCCCCCGUCUGGUACACCAGUAGAGACUCGCUGGUUUACGCAAUCUUCUUCCAGUGGCCGGCGGAUAACAAGCUGGACCUGAACAAGCCCAAAACGUCUCCCUCCACGAAUGUGACGAUGCUGGGGAGCCCCAAACCCCUGAAGUGGACCCCCCGAGGGGUGACGGGCCUGUCGGUGAUCCUGCCCCCCCCAGACCCUCCCUCUCCUGCUGCCCCCCCGGCCUGGACUCUGAUACUGCAGGGUGUGGCCUGAGGAACCAGGGGGCUGUGUGGAGACCGAGAGGGGACUGAGCAGUGUGAGAGAGAGUCAGUGUGUGUGUCAGUGUGUGUCUGAGAGAGUCAGUGUGUGUCUGAGAGAGUCAGUGUGUGUG